GUUUUCACUGAACAGGGGAGUACUUGUCACUGUCGUUUAGCAGCACUGGAUGGGUAGAAAGCUACUGUAAACUACACUUUAGUGUUGCAAACUCGCGGGCGACGACUCAGUGCACUGUUGCAUUUUGUGCUCUGCCCAUUGUCAUGAGCUGAGGCGGCGAAAGAGAAUCGCUUCAGUUGUGGACUAGUAGUAACUUCUUCUGCGGCCAGCAAUGGCCGGGGAGAUAAGCAGUUGUCUGCAGCGCUUGCUGCAGUGCCUGAAGGCCGCACCUGAUCCGCAGGAACCCGCCAACUUAGUAGCUGAUAUUGCCUCUUUGGCAUUGCACGUUGAAAGUGCAGCAAGUGAAGCGCUGGUGAUCUCAACUCUGUUUGAUAGGGAGUGUGGUGUUCUGAUGUUCCUGCGGCAAGCAGCUACUGUUGACCAGUUGACUUCUGCUAAACAUGAUCUGCUGGGCUUUCUGGAAAAGUUCUUGUCCCGUAUCGGCAAGAAAGUGCUGCCGUAUGCCGUUGAUAUCAAGGACAUGUGUAUGUCAUUGUUUGUACGUGAUCGCAUGGCCAAGAUCAAGCUGUCAACAUUUCCUGUCCUCUCCCUGGUGCUGGAAGCCUGCGCCAACACUUCUACUGCUGAUGAACUGAACAUCGCCAAGGUCAUAGACAAAUUGUUUAUGUCAUGCUCCAACACCAAGCUGUCUGCAUCAGUUCAAGGAGGGCUCUAUCACAUUUUGGGCUGCAUCGCCGAGACGUUCCCAGUGCAGAUGUUGCCAUACUCGGAACGUCUCAUCAGUAUUUAUGUCAAGGUGCUGCAGAAGGAGAUGCUAGGCAGCAAGGCAUCGGCUGGUGGCGGCGGCGGAGGUGCAUCGAGUGCUGCUGGUGCCGGUGGUUUCACGAACAAGAAGCCAGACAUGCCUGUCAUAGCAGGGUGCUUGCGUGGCCUGUCCAGCUACUUGACAAAUUUCACUCAGUCCAUGGAGGACAACAGUCCGCAUGCGGCGCACAUCUUCAAGUUUGCCACGAUAUCCAUCGAUCCCAAGUCAUUAGCGACAAUGAGUCGAUUUGAUGUGCCAAGAGCCGGUCUCAUGCUGCUGUCGAAGCACUGCAUCCAGUUCAAGGAGCUCGUCAAGUCGCGCUACAAGAUCCUGUACACGUGGCUGCGCAACGCGUGCCGUCACCACAAUCGUGAGAUGAAGUCUGCCGCCUUCCUGGCCACGGAGAGCUUCUUGCAGACGGUCGCUCAGAACCUGGAUCCUGGCAGCAGCGCGGACAUUGAAUUGUUCAAGGUGUUUAUCGACAGUUUUCGCUCCAUUAUCAACUCGCAGGAAAGUGAUACAAAGGAAAUCUCAAUAGCUAUUCGAGGCUAUGGCUACUUUGCCGAGCCCUGCCGUCGCUUUAUGACCAGUAAAGAUUUGCAGUUCAUGUUCAACGACAUGAUUCAGCGCAGCGAGCACUUGUUUGUCACUGAGGAAGACUUGUUCGAGGACAAGCUGUCUCACUUGCCCAGUUUCCUGGACGCCUUGGCUAAUAUUCUGCGUGAGAUGAACGAUGUGUCGGAAACCUCCGUGGUGUCUCUGGAGAAGUUGGUAGUGCUACUGAUGGACCAGUACCCGCGCUUUGCAGUUGGCUACCACACACAAUGCUACCGUGCAUUGUCCAAGGUCAUGCUGGCAUUGGCACCUCACACAUCCGUACUCAGCUCCUUCCUGUCGCACAUCACUUACCAAGGUCUGAUCCGCUCCUGCUCUCAUCCCGUACUCCUCGACGAGGUGACGAUAUCGGCCGAUGGCUCGGUGGUGGGGGUUGGCGACAGUUCAUCUCGUCCUCGUUCCUACUUGGACUACACACAGCUGUGGUAUCAUAUGAUUGAAGCACCGCACAGCAAGGGCCUUCAGUUGCUCUGGGCCGCUAGGGAGCAGCAGAAGCUGGUGGAGCGCACACUGUACGAUGAGCUGAUCGCCUCCAUUCUCAAGCUGCUCGACAAGCUGGACUUGUCGUCCACGCGCAUGGUGGGCCUGGAUGGCGAGUUGGAGGUAACUGACGAGAGCACAGACGAAGGCCAGAACAAGGGACAGAGUGGUGCAGACACUGCCACUGCUGCUGCUGCGGUGACGGAGGAUGAGGCAGUCGCCGCUAGCUCUGACCCGACGGCCGGUCGACAGGCACGCAUGCCCAAGGACUUCCAGAUCUUCCUCAACCUGGUCGAGCUCUGCCGCUGGUUGCUGCCGCGUGUUCGCACGCCGUUCUUCAGUGACUGGGUGUUGCCGUUCUGUCGACAGCUCAUCGUGCACUCUAGCAAAUACCCUCUCGUCAGUGGUUUCUACAAGCUAUUGUUGGUUGCCAUGAAGAUCUGCAGCAGGAUAUCGUAUUUCAAGGAAUGUCAAGCGCAGGAAGUGGGUGACGACGCUAUGGACACAGCAUCCAGCUCAUCGGCUGUUCACCAAUGCUUCGCACUGCUGCAGAAGUUCACUGCCGAGGUUCUGAUACGGUGUCGCCAGUACAAAGACGAUCUACUCGCCUCAUGCCUCCAGUUUGUGCUGGCGUUGCCCGUGGAGCUUGUUGCCAUGGAUACAGAGCGUCUCGUUCCUUCUCUGCAGCUUGCGUUACAGCUGGGUCUGAGCUAUCUGCCGCUUGCCGAGGCUGCUCUCGAUGCCAUGGAGACGUGGAGCAAUCGUCUGACAAAGCAAAUGCAGCCGCUAUUCGGCAGUAUUCUGCCAUGUUUGGACGACUACCUGCGUACAACGCCGCAAACAGUAACGGAAGGUGCUGAUGCUGCGGAGAAGCGCAAGCUCACUGUUAUGGUAUUGAAGUCAAAACGUCAAACGACCGCACACGGACGCAAGUUGCCACUGCGAGUCCUGCGCGCUUUGAGCAAGAACAACAAGGGUGACGAGCCGGCUCUGACCCGAGUGCGUCAUCGUAUUGUUCAUUUGCUGGGUUCUCUGGGCGGCCACACCAGCCUGCAACUUGUGCGCGGCAGGGCCGAUGACACAUCCUCUUCCGCAUCGUCAUCAUCACUGUCCAACAGCGGACCGGCGGCUGGCGGUGCAGGGACGUUGUCCCCGGCUGCCACAUCCGCUGUGGCGUGGGACAGCAAGCGUCGCCUGGAGUUCGCCGUGCCCUUCAUUGACAUCAAGCCCAAUAUUCACCUGGAUCCGUUCUUGCCCCGGAUUGUAGAACUUGCAACGUCAUCCAGUGAUCGGCAGACCAAGGUUGUGGCAUGUGAGUGUCUCCACUCACUGGCUGUCUACAUGAUAGGCAAGGGAUCACGCCAACCAGACGGCGCUGAAAAGAGUCCGAUGGGCAAGCUGUACAAGCGAGUAUUCCCGGUGUUCAUGCAACUGGCGUGUGAUGUGGAGCUGGUUGCCGUUCAGCUCUUUCGUCCGCUAGUGUUUCAGCUGAUCCACUGGCUGACCAGCAACCGUACGUUUGAGAGCACGGAGACCAUGGUGCUGCUGGACGUGAUCCUGGACGGUCUGGUGCAGGCGGAGAACACACAGCUGCGUGACUUCUCGGCCAGCUGUGUGUGCGAGUUCCUGACCUGGUCCAUCAAGCAGAGCUCAGCACAGCAGCUGGAGAAGAGCCCCAUCAACACCAAGUCACUACUGAAGCGUCUGUUCAGCCUAGCUCUGCAUCCGAGUGCUUUCAAGCGUCUCGGAGCAGCACUGGCCUUCAACCAUAUCUACACAGUGCUCCGUGAGGAAGAGUCCCUCGUCGACAUGUUUGCUAUAGAGAUACUUGUGAACUUUUUGUUGAGCCUGCGCAUGGCACACCAGGACGCAUCAGCACUGGGAACCCAGGAGCACUGCUGCACGGCGAUACGUCAUCUGCAGAGGAUUCUCAAAGUCAAGGCCAAGCUCUUUAUCAAGACUAGCCGCAACCGGCGUUUACCGCGUGGCUGGCGUGAGGCUGAUCUGAAGCAUGUCGUCGGCUGGCUAAUGCCGCAGUGUGGUCGCCCGGAGACUGAGUAUCGGCAUCAGUGUAUGCAGCUGUUCUGCGCUUUAGCUCCACUGCAGCCCAAUGUGCCCAACGCUGCUAACUGGGUGUCCCGCACGUGCAAGACAGAGAGCGGGCUACGUUUCGUCAGCUGGUUUGAAUCAGGCGGUGGCCGCGGUGGCAUUGGCAAGUACACCACGCUGCCAUCGUUCUGCCGUCCGUUCAGUCUGGACAGAGCACUGGUGUGGCUUGAUCUGGUACUGGCUGCCUUGGACUGCUAUUCGUGGGCGUUUGGGCAAAAUCUCCUCACUCCGGACAUGGUGUUUGCUGCUACGUUACAGCAUGAAAAGUACAAGGCUAGCGCUGUGUUCAGCUCGCUGACAUUCUUCCUGCAAAAGUUGGCCAUGAAGGACAUUGAGACGGCCGUCUCUGUCUGUGAGGUGGACGCACUCAGUGGGCAGACGGAAUCGCGUGUUUUCACUCCCAGCGAAGCUUCCAAGUACAACAGGAGCAAGUGCACCGUGAUUGUGAGAAUGUUCAACUUUCUGACUGUACUGCUCUCGUCCCACACCGAUGCUACCUUCAAGACGCUACCCUCCAGCGUCUGGUGCACCGAGCUGUUUGAGCUGACGGCACGUUGUGUGUUGCAACCAAACUCAGUCGGAUUCGACAUGUCGGAUAUUGAGAUUGUCAACCAGCUGCCCGAGGAGACUACACAACUGUGUACGCUGAUGGCACGACACUUGCCACGUGAGAAGCGCACACUGAUGACGCGGACAAUGGGGAAGCUGCUGGCGACACGACGUUUGGACAUAUCCUCGCAAGUGCUCACAGCCGAUCUGAACUCCGAUCAUAGCCUCGACCACUCUCAUCUGAACUGCCUGAUCACCGGCUAUCGGCAGCUGUUUGAAGCUGGCUUGCUAGAAGACGCACUCUUAUCUGGAAAGGGUGUAACUUCUGACGUCUCCCAGCUAGCUCUAGAUCUUCUGCUGCUUGUCAUGAAGACAGUUACACCUGUCGGUAUUGAUAUCGGUGGUAUGGACGACUCAGCGUCAACAAGUGGAGGUCAUCAUCUCUCUCCGCUUUCCAAGUCCCUGUGUAACAACAUUCUCCAUCUUGUGUUUGUGCUGGGCUUGGAUACGGGUGAUUUAUUGGCCACGUUGACGACUGGACCAGCAGAGAGCGUCACACGCAAGAGCAUGGUGUUUCUGCAGACUUUCUCCACUACACUAUGUACACACUUCACCGAGCAGGCAAAGACCCUCAUACCUCUUCUAAUGACAAAGGCAGCGGACUACCCCAUUCUGAUUGGUAGUAUUCUACUGGCUGUGUUGGAUCAUGUCAGUCUCAACCGUGCACUGCGAAAGAAACACUCAUCAAAUCUCUGUGGCUGGUUGCUGCGAGACUGGAGCAAGCUGGAGCAGUGGUGGAAUGCUGAGAACGGAGCUGCAGACACCAGGCAGAUGGCAGUGGUGCUACUCGGACGAAUGCUGUCUCUAGACGCUGCGGCUGUCUUGUCGCCGACUAAGGCCGGUUUCAAGGACAUGUACUCUAUGUACACAUCAUUGCUGACGGAGAAAUCACUGACACUGACAUUCAAGACUUCUCUCUUGGAGUUGCUGUCACAUUUCGCCACGCUGCAGCAAAGCGGGUGUGUCUCCCAACUCAAGACAUGUCUGAAUCGUCUUGUCACAGAGUGCUUUCCCCUGUCGUCGUCCGAGUAUCUAAAGGGCUCGCCGAAACACAACGAGUACAUCGCCGCGAUUGACAAGAUCCUAUCCGCACUGGUGAAGUCCGGUAGCGUUAUGCUACUGGAGCUGUUGGUAACUAUAAUUGGUCGUGAAGAGGAGCAUGCGCACGAGGAGGCCGUGCAGCAAGCGCUGGCUGCAUUUGCACAGAGGACGUCGGCAUCAAAGGCGUGCGAUGCCAUCACCGUCUUAUUCAACAUUUUCCUCUCGGAAGACGACUACCGCUCGGACGUGCGCCAGUCUGUUGGCCUGCGUAUGUGCUUGCCACUGCUGAAAGCAAGCAGCAAGGAAGUUGUGAAGGACUUCUUCAUCAAGCACAUUGCCGCUAUCAUGAGAGUGUUGGAGGCAAAGAUCAGCAAGACCACAGAGAGUGUGUUCCGCUCACACCUCGUCUCCAAGAUUGUCUCCUACUACUUGCUGGAGUUACUCUAUUCUCGUCUGACCGUUGAUGAGCUCAACACGACCAAGAGUGAAGUGGUGAAAGCAUUCUUGAAUGGAGACGCCGUCAGCAAGGGAAACGAGCUCACUGUCAAGAUCACAAAGACUGCCAAUGCAGCUCGCAGUGAGGACAUGCGUGGUGAGACGGUGCUGCUGGAGUUACGGCGUCAGUACCAUUGUGCUGCUCAUCGUUGUCUGGUUGCCAUUAUCAUGUGCACGCAGACCAAACAGCAGUUCUAUCAUGUCUUCCUUUUCAAAGAGGAUAGAGCAAAGAAUCAACUUGUCUGGGACAAUAUUAUCGAUGUCGGUCGUCAGUAUGAUUUCUCACUAGAGAUGGAGGCUCCAGUGGCAAAGAAAGCCACCAGUCGACUCACCGUCAUUCGACAGAAGCGCGUUGAGCAGAGCAGCGGUCUUGGACAGGCUUUCCUGCCACGCUACAUAGCAUCGCAGUACUUGGCUGACAGUAGCCUGGGAGACGAGGUCAGCCAGUAUGACUUCACAAAGACAUCACAGUCAUGGGCCCGUGCAGCCGCAGCUUCGUCGGCGUCCUCAUCUCCCCAAUCACUAAGUGACGGCACUAGUCCACCAGGCGCUGCGGGUAGCACCGCUAUUGCUGGCGAUGCUUCUUCCGGUGGCGAGGACAGUGCCCUGGAGCUGGAGUUGUUGGAGAUGGAUGAGCUGAACCGUCAUGAGUGUAUGAAUAGUCUCUUGUCACUGCUGGACCACAUGCACGUCAAGAAGAUCAAUCCAGAAUUGCCUGAGGACAAGAUUGCACUGGAGAUGCCGUCCUGGAUGUCAGCCAUUCACCAGCGCCUGUCUGACACGUCCAGCAAGACCAACGUGUUGCUCUUCGUCGCCAAGCUCAUCGUCAAUCGGCCACAACUGUUUGAGCCGUACGCGCGCUUCUGGCUGUGCCCACUGAUGGAGUUGAUCCUGAGCAAUCGUAUCGCCAGCGGCAUUGCUAGUGCCGGUGCCUCCGGUGCUGGCAGUGGUGGAAUCAACAACAUGGUGGUGGACAUCAUUGUCACGUUGCUCUCCUGGAGCAAUACGGCUAUUCCAAACGAGUCUCACACGGAACGUGAACUAUCAUCGCGUCUCCUGGACUUUCUGAUGCGCAACAUUAACCAUGGCAACCGUAGUGUGCUACGUAACAACCUGGCUAUCGUCAAGGCUCUGGUCGAGUGUUGGAAGGAGUGCAUCACCGUUCCAACAGAAGCCGUGUGUGCUCUGCUGUCUAACAUGGACAAGGAUCGUCUUGACAACCGUGCCGGCAUUCAGCUGCUUGGUAUUCUGCUGGCUAACGGACUGACGCCUGUAUCACCGACUGGCAAGAUCGCACAAUCUAGUUUUGACACUGCAUUGACAGACAACCUAGCUGUGCCCCGCCGAGAAGUAUUUGCUGCGUGUGGCGCUGUUGUAGGGAUGUAUCUCAAACACUUGCAGGAUGUCGAGAAGGUGGUCGACGUACAGGAGUCUGGGCUGUUCAAGCUGGUGGUGCGCAAACUGCAGUCGAUACAGCAGAGCGCGUUUGAUCGUUUCGUCAUCGUCCUGCAUCACAUCCACACCAGCCACUCCCCCAUCGUGGACAUGUUCACCCAGCAGCUGCUGUAUCGCCUACCGCAGAUACACGGCGACUUCAAGACGAAGUGUCUUGAAAUGCUGCUGUCGAGAGCCAGCACUAUUGACGACUUGUUUGUGGAGCUGAAGAGCAAGAACUUCACCACUCUCCUGCAGCAUCGUGAUGAUGCAGCUCAGCAGGCAUGUCUGGGUUUAGUGCAGGUCAUGCUGCCAUCACUGUCACUGGACAAUCUGCAGUACCUGAUGCCUAGUGUGUUUGCAUUCUCACAACAUGCCAACGCCGACUGCCGCAAGCUCAUGUACGACAUCCUUAUAUGGAUCUACGACAACCAUCACGUUGCCACGAAGACCAGUACGGAUAGCAGUGUGCGUGAGCUCAUGUCAACCAUACGUGAUCACCUGCUGCGUGGACUGACGGAUGCACACGAACCGAUAAGACUACACAUGUUUGCGUUCUGGAAUCAUGAGACUCGCCUGUCGUCCAAGACCAUGGACCGUCUCUCACAUCUACUCGGUGUUCUCUAUUCAGUCAACACGGAAACACAGUUCCUGAGCUGUGCUACCAAUCUGCUGCUUGAGUUGACCUCACGCAGUCCGGAUUUCGACCGGCCUAUGUUUGACUUUCCGCUAGCCGAGUGCCGCUUUGAGGAUGCACGUACUCUGAACCUUUCCUGGCAGCACCGUCACCUGCUGAUGACGCCGAUGUUCGCCGCAUCUCAGAGUCAGAUGCUCGGUGGCGGUGCCGGUGCCACUCUGAGCGGCACACUCGGCGCUUGGAUGCCCGGUCAGCUGCGCCAGACGCAGGCACUGGCGUUCACGCCCACACAGGACAUGGCAGCAUCACAGCGCGAGUACAGUUGGCUUACACCUCUAGCCCAGUCACAGGAUGUGUCGUCCCUGUCGGGCGCGGCGGCAGGCGGUGGCAUGCAAGCGUCAUCGCUGUCCGCGGACGGUGGUGCUUCUCAGAACAUCCUCCUCUUCUCCACGCAGCCCCUCGGUGCUGGUGCCAGCAGUGGUAGUGCUAGUGCUGCUGCUGCCAGGCGCUCUGCCGCUAUGCAACGUCGACCAUUGCCAGCCUCCAGGACGGCUGGGCCAUCGUUCGGUACUCAGCAGCUGCAACCGACAUUGGAUGCUUCCGCUCAGCUGCAAGAAACCACUCAGCAGACACAGCAGGAGAUCAUGUCCUUGAAGAAACGCUUCCUCAAAGACCGCGGCACUUCAGGCCAGGUCUUUGCUCGCAUUGAGUCCAGACGCCAGAAGCUCCGCGAGGAGCGUUCUCGACAGCAGAAAGAGGCUCGAGAACAUCGUGUCGUCAUGUACCGCAAGUAUCGCGACGGCGACCUUCCUGACAUUCAGAUCAAGUUCUCGGAGCUCAUUCGACCACUGCAAGCAUUAGCUCAGCGAGACUCCAGCCUUGCCCGUCUGCUCUUCACCAGUGUGUUUAGUGCUGUGUUUGGUCGUGUGGAAGAGCUGCUGGCAGCACGACAUGUAGACGCCACUCGCCAGGCCAUGAAGGACGGUGUUAAUGCGGUGUUAUCGUCGUCGACCAGCUACUACGCUCCGUUCAUAUCUGCUAUAUUUGACAUUAGCUACGACAGCAAACACCUGGAUCUGGACCCAGCCACGGCCACUGCCGCUGCUCUUGCUGGCCUCCAGCAAAUGUCAGGUAUUGCUGUUCUGGAGCGGCAGCUGAUCAGAAUGAGUGCUAUGCCUACAUCCAUUGAGCCGGCAGCCAAGCGUCCUCGUCUCAGCCAGCAGAAUAUGCUACCGGCGAACACCGCCACCUGGAUUGAGCUGGGCAGACUGUACAAGUCUGUGGGUGACUGGGACACGGUACGCGGUAUAUUCGGUAGUGAGGUGGGUACUAAACCACUCACACAGAAAGCUCUGGACGCCGAGGCCAGGGGUGAUUAUCACCAGGCUCAUCAGUACUACAACGAGGCUAUGAGCAGCAGGGAUUGGCCAGACGGUGCACCGCUGACUUGCGAAGAAGACUUCUGGGAAGACUCCUACAUGGCGAGUCUAAAUCAACUGACGCAAUGGCAAGACCUGGAGAAGAUGGUGAUGCAGCAGAUUGGUGAUGACGACGAGGCUGAUGGUGCUGUGGCUAACCUGGACAACAUCUGGACUGAUGCAUUCUAUCAGGAGCACUACUUGCCAUACUUGUUACGUAGUAAGUUGAAGCUGGCAUCGUCUGGAGAACACGAUGCCAACUUCCUGUCGUUUGUCAGUUCAGCUAUGAAAGACUCUCAGCAUCGUGCUGUGUUGGAGUCGCGACAUUCGUACGACCUUGCACUGCUCUUCAUUCUGCAAGACGACUUUGACCGUGCACGCUACUACGUGAGGCAAAGCCUGGACGGAUUCUUGGAGGAAUGGAGCAGUUUGAGCACACUGAUGGUCAACAGUCGCACAAGCCGCCUGCAGUCUCUGCAACGCCUCACAGAGAUGCACGAGUUCCUUGCCUUCGUCGAGAACACGCGUAACCUGGAUGGAUUCACACCGGCUGCCACACUGUUGAGAAAGUGGUCGUGUAGAUUACCUGACAAUCGCCUGGAUCCCAUACACAUCUGGGAUGACAUCGUUCAGAACAGAUGUGUAAUGAUGGACAAGCUGCAGGUUGUGUUUGAGAAGCAGCAUGGAGCUGGUGUUGCUGCCAAUGCAUCCAGUACUAGUCUCAACGACAGUCUCCUUGACGACGCGCCGAUGGACGUGAGCGGACCCGGCGGCUAUGUUGCCGUGGAUACGGUGACGUCGCUGGACGCGUUCCGAGAGCUGUGUCUGCGCGAGCGCACGGCGUUGUACCUGACAGCUGCUGGUAGUGCACGUGUUCAGUCUAACUAUUCUGUCGCUCGCAAGUACCUGAAGCACACACAGGAGGUUGUCAAGAAUCAACUGGCCGGAAGUGAGGACCUCACAGUGAAAUGGAUGCACGAGGUCACACAGCUGCGAUGCCAGCUGGCUCGCGAGGAACGCUCUGUGAACCGCGUCGACAGGCUGGUGGCAGUGGUGGAUGAUAUGUUGAAGUACUCUGGUAGUGGUGUGUUGAAGCGUGAGGCAGAGCUCUGUCAACACCACCACUUACUGACGGCCAAUGCUCUGGAUCUACUCUCUACGUUGAUCAAUAAUGAUGGAGGUCGUCUUGUCAGCUCUCUCCGUGCUGAUCAGCAGAAGGUUCUAGUGCAGGCGGCUGGCAGUCCAGCAGACAGCAAUGCUGAUCAGAUUGCAAGGGAUCUCUUCAACAGAGGGCAUCACUUUUACUCAGAAUCGGUCAAGGUUGCCACUAAUGCUGUCGGCCGUGGCCAAAUAAGCAGUGAUGGCUUUGUCAAGUCCUUGGUGGCGCUGUCAAACUUCUGCGACUCUGCACUGAGGCGUCAAGAAGAGGCAGCCGAGGCAGUUGACGACAGUCCAUCGUCACAGCUCGACUUGAGGGCCUAUCCUGAGUGUGUGGUAGAGUGUUUGCUAACCGCCAUGAAGCACGGCAGUGUUGAAGCACGCCAGCGAUUCCCACGACUUCUGCAGCUCGUCAGCCCAGCACACUAUGCGUACAGCAAGCGUACGCUCAGCACAUUCCGCUCUCUGUCAGCCAGCUUACCGUCUUGGAUGUGCAUCAGCUGGAUCAGUCAGAUGGUCGCUAUACUGGACAAGGAGGAGAGCAUGGCCGUGCAGCCGAUUCUCAAAGCCAUUGCCCAUCAUUACCCACAGGCUCUGUGCUAUCCGUUCAAGAUCAGCUAUGAGGACUUUGAGUUUGAGGAGACGCGUGAAGGACGUCAGUGCAACGAAGCUGUCGAAGAGUUGAAAAAGAUUCUUAAUUUGCCGCUUGUGGACGACUUCAUCCAGGCCUUGGACCACCUGACAUUCCCAGAGCAUGUGUUCAAGGACUGGUUUGAACACGAGAUGCGUCCACUGUUGGAGGUACCAUUGUCACAGCGUGAUCAGGCUGCCAUCAAGCAAUGCUGGAAAGAGCUGUACUCUGAUAUCCUAGACCAUCGCUCUAUGUCAGCUGCUGCUGCCUUGGGAGCUAGUCAGUCCCAGUCGUCAAGUGUCAACGCAGGUCCCGUCAAGCGUCAGUUUGCUCAGAGCUACUCGCGUAACCUCGAGACCAAGUUUGGCAAGGAUGGUGACAAGCUAGUGCGCAUGACUAUGAAGGAAUUUGUCCAAGUGUGCUCCGGUAUCUACGGCAAGAUGAAUGAGGAGGUGCGUAAACGCAAGUCUGGCCCCGCAUUGCUCAAGCAGUACUCGCCAUGGCUCAGUGACUUCCAAGCCAGCAACUUCCAACAGGUGUUGGAAAUCCCCGGACAGUACCAUGGCCGUUCCAAGCCACUGCCAGAGUACCAUGUCAAGAUUGCCGGCUUUGACGAGCGUAUUCUCAUCUUGCCGUCCAUGCGAAAGCCAAAGCGUCUGACAAUCCGUGGCAAUGACGAGAAAGACCACAUGUUCCUGGUGAAGGGCGGUGAAGAUCUGCGUUUGGACCAGCGCAUUGAACAGCUGUUCACGCUGAUGAAUGAGAUAAUGGCAUGUGAUCCAGCCUGCUCGCUACGCAAUCUUCGCCUGCGCACAUAUGAAGUAAUUCCCAUGAAGCCGCGUGUUGGUAUGAUAGAGUGGAUGCAGAACACGGUGCCUCUGAAGGACUUCAUGCUGUCGGCCAUGACGGAGGAAGAGCUCAAUGUUCACCAUGAUCCCUCCAGAUCUGCCGCCGGGAAACAUUCCAAGUGGGUAGCAAGCUAUCUGCCGCGUAGUGCUGAAACCAUGAAACAGUACAAGGAGAUGUACAAGAAGGCCAGCCGCACGGAAACUGUUAAAGCACUGAAGGAGAAGCAUGCUGCCGUGCCCUGGGACAUACUUAGGCGUGCGUACGUGGACAUGUCAUCCAGUGCCGAGUCGUUUCUGCUGCUGCGCGAGAACUUUGCCCGUACGCUGGGCACGAUCAACGUGUGUCAGUAUGUGUUGGGGAUUGGUGAUCGUCACCUUUCCAACUUCAUGCUGGACACCCUCAGUACUGGUGGUAUGAUCGGUAUCGAUUUCGGUCAUGCCUUCGCCUCGGCCACGCAGUUCCUACCGCUGCCUGAGCUGAUGCCGUUCCGUCUGACGCAGCAGUUUGCCAACCUGAUGCUGCCCCUGAAGGAGAUCACAAGUGCAAGUUCUGGUCCGGCUGCUGCUGCUGGUGGGGAUGAUGCCAGUGCAACUAUUGCUCAUGGUGGCUUGCUGCGUAGCACUAUGAUCUAUGCUAUGCGUGCGUUGCGCAAUCAACCCAGCCUGUUGCUGAGUACCAUGGAUGUGUUUGUCAAGGAACCAUCACUGGACUGGAAGAACUUUGCACGUCGUCAAGCUAAAGAUCAAGGUCUUGACUCAGAUUCCCUGGACGCCACCUGGUACCCGUUGCAGAAGAUCCGACAGGCACGUCGUAAGCUGAACGGUGUCAUCCAGCCUACAUCACUCGAGAUGAUCUGAAACUUGGUCAUGGCAAGUCUCCAGAGUACCGUCAUCUGGAGGCGAUCGUUCUCGGCGACUUCAGGUUCAACAUCCGUGCACGCGUCGGUGAGAGCUGUCAUUCUGUUGAAGAGCAAGUGGAGUGUCUCAUCGA